AUGUCGCCAACCUCGAGCUCUGCUCGCGAUGCUCGAGCAGGUCCAAGCAAAGCCCCACCACGUCGCACCACACGUCAACAAUCGCAGUCCGCCGCAGCGAGUGCGAGUGCACGUCCUUCAACAACUGUCCAAGGUGCUGCUACGAGCGCAAGCGCCUCUAGAGAUCCGAUUUCUGCAGGACCUAGACCAGCUUCAGCGUCGAGAAGGCGGGUGCAGGAUGAUCAGCCUCUCCAAGGUGCAUUGAUGACGCCCCCCAAUGGCGCUGCUGCUCCUCGCAUUGCAGGUUUGGGGCGUGGCGGAGACAUGGUGAACAGCUCAGACGCGCAUUCUCGCGGCGCGGGGUCAGAGCCAAGCACGAGUAUCAGUGGGUGGACAGUCGACCCCUCGCGAGGAGGUGCAGGGAUGAGCACGCUGGAUCCUUUUCACCGGACCAGCCCAAGUACAAAUUUACCAGCACCAUCGGGUGCGAAGGCCGACCGCUUUUCAAAUCUCCGUGCUAACCCCAAUGCUCGUAUCAAUGCGCAAACAAAUGCAGAUGGAAGCUUGAGUGCUGCUGGAGACUCGGAUGAGGCAGAUGGGAGCGGCCUCUUGGGUCUGAGUCCUGCUAUGCAUCUCAAAUUCGCAGCCAAGAGGACCGUAGCGCGGCCAAGGAAGAUUGGAGAUCUGGGCUUGGGAAGCGCAGGCAAUGGACCAGCAAGGAAUUGGGAAGAAUUAUCGGCAGUCGAUGAGAACAAGGGUAAUUUCAAGGCUCACAAUACAGAUCAGGAGGAGUCAGCUGCUCAAGCGGCGGCAAUCAGCGCAGACGGCAGUAUCAUCAUACAUCCAGAAUCGGGUCCAGCAGAAGAAGACUUGCAAGCAGCUGGCUUGCCCGAUGUGCGAGAGGAAGAUGACGAUGAGCUGAGCGCCAUGCAGGGUGACAGGCUUGAGAUGAUGCUGCAUAGAAUGCGCAGGUGGAGGCACGACGCUGCUAGUCACUUUUUGUUCGACACUGCCAUCUUUUGGGGAGACAAGAUACUGCAUCUGGAAUGUGGGUAGACGUGAACAGAUGCGUGACGCUGGCGCCAUCUGGUCACAUAAGUGGUCAUAUCCACUGACCUCAGCGCCUUUCUCCCAUGCUCUUCAGCGGGGACAACCGCGUGGAACGAUGCCUUCCAUUUGGCGACUUACUACUUCCUCUCGCACCGCUAUGCUCAAGCAGAGCACCUCCUCAUGAAUCCUUUGCGCAGGAACAAAGCGCGACGUAAAGACAAGACACGCCAAGAUCACCGAUCUGCUUCUCAAAAGGCCACCUCUGAUCCUCUUGGGGAAGCUUUGAGAGCCACGCGCUGCUCCAGUCGGCUGCCCAAGCAUCUGCUGAGCCCACACCGAAAUACAGCAUCGAGUGCAGGCGUGGACUUUCCAGAAUGGCAUUUGCAGUCAGACCAUUUAAUCCAUACGGCUGACGACGAGAUGGAUGGAAAUGACCUCGUGGAUGGGAGAAAAAGGAAAGAGAGAGCUUUUACUGUCAGCGGGACAGGCACUGGCAGCGAGUCGGAUGAUGGGGCGCCAGCAGAGCUGAGGACCCCCCAGAGGGAUCGCAAAUCAUCUACUGAGUUAGGCUCCGGCAGUCGUGACACAGCAACCCGAGAACAGCUUCCUGAUAGCGGCUUCGAAGAGAUUUUCGAUGUUACGGAGGAUGUGCCAGCCCCUGACGGACCCACCCUUGCCAAAGAAAGUGCUCAGUGUAGGUGGCUAGCAGCUCAAUGCAUGGUACGUGCCCCAGCAUAUAGUGCGCACUGCGCCAACAACUUGCUCGAUGACGCUGACCCUGCUGUUACAUUUGACAGGCCCGGCAAGGCAAAUAUCACGAAGCGCUCGAUGUCCUUAGCGGCUGGAAAGAGGAUGCCCUGGAUAAGGAUGGUGAGUCGAAGGCUUGCGUUUCAUCAAUGUGCUUCGGAGACACUCAAUGGCUCUUGCGCCCCCCUUUCCCCCUCCUCCGGGCAGAGAAGUACGGCUUCAAAGCACCGUCGGUGGAUGGGUGCAUCAAGCUCAGCUCUUCGAAGUGGCAUCUCCGAGGGCAGAUCUCAAUGCGUCUGGAUGAGAAGGAUCAAGCGAAGCUGAGCUUCAUGAGAGCACUGUCGCUCGACGUGCGGAAUUUCGACGCUUUCUCCGCCUUGAUGGAUGGGAAUCUGUUGGGGGCUGAAGAGCAGUGGGAAUUUGUCAGAGGACUGGAAUUCGUGGCCCAAGCAGGAGGCGAUGAAGCUAGUGUAGAAGCGCACGAGAUGGUCCGGUUACUCUACUAUACGCGAUUGAACCAGAUGGGGCGGCUGCAUGCCAAGGAGACGGCUUUAGCGCGCAAGAAGCUCCUUUCUGCCUACCCGCUGCAAAACAAUGCGGACGUGCUGCUAAGUCUGGCCGAGAGCCUCUUUGUCCAGAUGAGGUUUCAGGAUUGUCACACGGUCACAAACAGGAUCUUGGACAUUUCUAGGGACCAUCAAGCUACUUUGCCCCUGCAUAUAUCCACCUUCUUCCAACUGCCACACCUGCGACCCGCUCUUUUUUUGUUGGCUCAUCACCUUUCGGACACGGAUCCUACUUUGCCCGCUGCUUGGUAUGCUGUCGGGAUGUGGUAUGCCUGCGCUUCAAGGUGGUUAGAGGCAAGACGCUACUUUAGGUGAGUGGACGACGCGCUGCCUGCAUCUCACCUGCACAUCGAUUGACAUAGUGCAUCGCUGGUGAUCGCCUAGCAAAUCGGUGCACCUAGAUGCUCGAUUCGCAUACGGGUGGAUAGCCUUUGCGCACACCUUUGCGCUAGAAGGAGAGUCCGAUCAAGCUGUCACUUCGUACUCCACAGCAGGCAGGCAUUUUCCUUCGAGCCACCUGCCAACUUUGUUCAUCGGCAUGGAGCACUUGCAUCAAGGCAAUCUAAUUCUUGCCAAGCUUUUCCUGGAUGCUAGCGCAAAACUUUGGAAAGAGGAUCCCUUGCUCCUGAAUGAACUUGGGGUGGUCGCUUUUCACAAUGGCAAGUGAGUGCAAUGUUGGGUAGCAUAGUGAGUCAAAGCGAAAGCCAAGCUCAUGCGUGGCACUUCGCAGCCUUUCGGAAGCAGUGGAACAUUUUGUCCAAGCGCUGCAGCUGGCGGAGCAAGCGCAGCAGCCCGCUCGCGAGUGGACAGCGACGCACCUUAAUCUUGGGCUCGCUCAUCAUCGUCUCGAGUGAGCCGGCCUACGAGCCUCUGGCUACCCUUUUACCCCAUCUGCUCACCCGUCGUCGUCUUCAUCUCUUUAGCAAUGCGACCCUCGCGGCCAAAUCUUUUCGACGCGUGCUGCAGCUCGAUCCUUUCAGUGCCGAAGCAUAUACGGGUCUGGGCAUGGCGUCGCACAGGAAUGGUCAAAUCUCCUCCGCCAUAGGCUACUACCACUCUGCUCUGUCCAUUGAGCCUAGGGAUGUGCACACAACACAAUUGCUAGAUCUUGCGUUGCAAGAAAACGCUCUGGCUGACCCCUUGGGAGCUGGCGGUGGAUUGUCGGCCCAGCUCGCAGACGAGUUGCAACUUGGAGAUCAUGCCAUCGAUCGAGUGGGCUCCAUGACGCAAAGACAAGACGUCGACGAUACACCGGCUGUCGACCGUACCGACACGCGCAGGAAUUCGGAGAGCUUGCACCAGCUUGGCACGAGUAGCAACUCGGCCCUUCGGCAAGAGCAGGACAGCGUCUCUAUGGAUAUGGACGCAAGCGAUGCUUGA